CUCAUUCAAUUGUGUUGUUCACUGAUUGUGAUUAAUACCAAAAGAUGUUUUUUUUAUCUUCAUAAACUUGCUCAUUAUUUUAAAUCAUACGAAACCCUAAUUGUAACAUAAUAUGAUGGAAAACGAGGUGUAUUUAAUUUCGUGCAAACCUUUAAAACCAGAAUUUGAAAAACUUAGGAAACUUAAUAUAUCCACUAACACUUUUACAGUUGGCCGAGGACUCACCAACACGGCGGUUAUACCAUUCUUACCAAUAUCGCGAAACCACUGCACAUUCAGAAAGACAGAAAAUGGUGACUGGACUGUUGAGGACCAAAGUUCCUUUGGAAUCCAAGUUAAUGGGAAUAGGUUAGGGAAGGGAGUAACUAGAAACCUUGUCCAUCAAGACGUCAUCACGCUGGAUUCAUGUCAAGAAUUUGUAUAUAAGUUUGUUGACCCAUCUGGAGACAUGUUUCAAAUACCGAGGAAAAGGAUAAAGUUAGAGCAUAAUGUAGACCAAGACAUUAUAAAUGACGUAAAGCUAAAGUUUGAAGAGUCACAAAGUUAUGAAAUAAAACAUAUUGAAGAAAAACUGCAGAGUACGAAACAAAUGCAGACAACAACAACAAUUUUAAAAAACAAGUUACAAUUAGAUAUGAACAGGAAAAUACAGCAGCUGGAGAGAGAUUUCGAAUUGCAGAUAGAAAAUUUAAAAGGAGAGAAAAAUGAGGUUGAACGGCAGAAGGCAUUACUCAUGGAAGACAAGGAAGUUCAGUUGGCCGGCAUCCGGGAAGAAAUGGAGGGAAAAAUAUCAGAAUUAAUGAACCAAAUUCAAAAACACAAUGAAACAGAAACAGAGUUACUAAAUGAAAACAAUUUACUCAAAGAGAAACUGCAGAAAGAAAGGGAGGAGUUCCUCUCUGAGCUAAAUAGAGAGAGUUCUUCAAAACAAGACAUGUUAGAGAAGCUAGAAUCAAAGAUAAGAGAGCAAGAGGAGAUAAGACUCAAAGAAAAACAACAACUAGAAGAAAUGCUCAAGAGAGAAACUGAAGCCCUUAGAUUAGCUAAAGAAAAGGAAAUAAAAGAACUAGAAGAACAAAAGAAGCAAAGGGAACAGGAACUAAUUCAGGAACUGAAUAACAUAAAGCAGAAUUUAGAAGCUCAGGUGGAACAAUCAGCACAACAAAGACUCAAAGCUGAGCAGGAACUCGGUGAACAAGUGGAACAAAUGAAGAAACUUAGUGAUGAAGAUAAAGUCAAAAUGGAAAUUCUGAAAAAAGAAAGAGUAGAAAUAGAGAACAAGUUGUCAGAAGCUGUAUUGAAUGCACAGAAGUCAAUUGAAGAGGCUCAGGCGCAAGUAAAGGAAAGAGAAAUAGAGCUUGCAGCUAUCGCGGCUGAGAGGAUACAGAAGGAAGCAGAACAGUCCAGUGAGGUGAUAUUGUCUUUACAAGAGCAACUCGAGAAGAUGAGAUCUCAGUUACAAUCAGUGGAGACUGAAAAGAACAUACUACUUGAGAGUCUCGGCCCGCCAGACUCAGGAGAGGGCACUUCCAAACAGACGGCAAUGGCCGAAGUCGGAGAGCUGAUGGAAAACGAACUGCAAUGCAGCAUAUGCGCGGAACUGUUCAUCAAGGCUACAACCCUGAAUUGCUCGCACACUUUCUGUAUAUAUUGCAUCACUAUGUGGAAGAAAAAGAAAAAGGACUGCCCUAUCUGCAGAGCACCAAUCACAUCUGAAUGCAAAAGCCUAGUACUCGACUCAUUUAUAGAAAAAAUGGUACAGAAUUUAACGGAAGACACAAAGAAGAAAAGGGAAGAACUAUUAAAAUCCAGAGAAGAACUCGAGAAAGAAUUGCUCGCAAGCCCUACCGGACGCCCAUCGCCCAUGGCUAGCCGAGGAAGUAGCAGCGAUGACGAGACCGACUCAGACGUACUCGGGGAGGAAGAGGACCACGAGGAGUACGACGACGACGAAUUCGGCGAAUACGGGUUCCGCGCGCAGCGCUACUACGACGGCUGGCCAUAUUCCCACAGUGGAUCUGACUAUGAUUCCGACGCCUCCUCGGCCUCGUCCGCCGCCUCCGCCGCAGUCGCGCGCGUCGCUGCGGCAGGUGCGGCUGCCGGCCAGGGCCACGCCGCCAAUAAUGUUCGACCAGCAGCGGGUGUUCCAAAUAAUACAACCGAACGGCCAGACGGUACUAGUGGUCGCCGGUCCCGGCGCGUCUCCGGCCGGCCUGGCUCCUACUACGGCGGCUACGGGCGCUGCUUCAGCUGCGGCGCGCGCGGACACUGGGCGCCCGGCUGCCCCUUCAGAUAACAACACUCGCUGAACAUACAGCCUGAUAAUUAAGAGUAUAAAAUAUACAGUCAUUGCUGCUAAUUCCUGCACACUAUCUAAUUUUAUUUUAAGUUACACCAGUCAUUUUCUUAUCCGCCGAAAAGGAAAGAGACUAAUAUUCGACAAGCAUAAAAUUCAUGGAAUACACGUCAUUUUCAGGCAGAAAAAAAAUACAUUUGUCAGUAACCCGACAGAAUUAAGUUGACAGCACACGUCGAACUGGUUGUAUACCAGCGAGACACCUAUUUGAUUCGCCCGGGUUAUUCAUUCAUUCAUUCAACAGCUGUCAAUCAACCGUCCGUUUCCUCUUUUGCGGAUAAGAAAAUGACAGGUAUAACUUAAAAAUAAAAUGGGAUGGUGUGUACAUGAAUUAGCAUCUUUCACUCUCAGAACUAUGUUUUAAUGUAUGGUAACAUUUUCUUAAUGUUGCGGGUACCUCAUGAUAGGAAACUGGGAUGAAAACCAGUGGAUUGCGUGCUGUACAUAUACGUACGCACGUAAGUAUGAUUCCUUUGCAUGUGAUCAAAACAUUUUACUUUGUGAUUGAUUAGUUAUCAAUUUCGCUAGUUACACAAACCAGUGCCAUGAUUUGAGUUUACGGAUAUUUGCCAUUUACAUUCUUUGUCAAACUGUACCCAUUAAAGUAAUGGUUAAUUACAGGUCUUAAGCGGUUAUUAUACUAUCGAAUCCAUGGUAUAAGAAACCCAGAAAACCAGGUAGGCUCAAAGUUGCCAUUUCGUGAAAAAAUAAUUACCCACAAACAAUGUUUUUAUAUUUACUUUGUAAGGAAAUUUUGAACUUUUAGUAAAAUAUUUACUUACAAUUUUACUGAUUAUUAUACAUAUAUAUUUGACAAGUGAUAGUAAUUAAAAAUAUUAGUAAUUCAAUUAAUUUUCAAUAAUAAAAUUUGCAAUGUUGGAGAUAUCAAUGUAAUGGUAACAGUGGUCACACUUACGUCAUCAAAAGGCUAGCAAUGGCGGCUCGUCAUAAUAUUGAGCAUACCUACCUGGUUUUCUUAUACCAUGAUCCAAUCCAUUCUUCCCGAUACUUCAAUUCAAGGUCACGGGCUGCGCGUUCCGGAUUUUGCAGUCUAAUAGCAAAUUGGUGGGCGUAACCAUG